GCAUGUUUAAGGUUGCUCAGAUAUCAGCGAUCUGCGCGCAACGGGACGCACACGAAUAUUCUUAGAGGGAAUAUAUCUUACACUCUUCUGCCGCGGUACUUGGUUGAUUUAAUUCGUUGCUAAAACCAUUUUCUCUAACAGGAAUAAGCUGUAAGAGAAAUGAAAGCGUGGCGAGUUCGGUUUCUGUACUUUUUGGUGUUGAAUGCAGCUGUGCAGUAUGUGACGUCCCUGGAAGAGGAGCUCGCCGAUUCUAUUUUUGGUAACUUCCUCGACCCUCUGAAUGACUUGUUUGACCGCAAAGAUAACAGCAAUCAAACUGUUGCCAAAUUCUCCCUCCGCAAACCGUCCCAUCCCGACGAUGACCUGUGCUACAUCAUUCCCGGAAAACCUGACUCCCUGGCAGCCUGCACCUUCAACAGCACCUCCAAAACCUUCCUAGUAAUCCAUGGAUGGACACUGAGUGGUAUGUUUGAAAGCUGGGUGGCAAAACUGGUGUCAGCGCUGUAUGAGAGAGAACAGACGGCUAAUGUCAUCGUGGUGGACUGGCUCACAUCGGCCCAGAACCACUAUGUGGUUGCAGCUCAGAACACCAAAGCAGUGGGGCAGGAGAUUGCUCGCUUCAUCGACUGGAUUGAGGAAACCACCAACAUGCCUCUUGAGAACAUCCACCUGAUUGGCUACAGCCUUGGGGCUCAUGUGGCAGGAUUUGCUGGCAGCCACGCAACCAGUAAAGUUGGAAGAAUAACUGGUCUGGACCCGGCCGGGCCUGACUUUGAGGGUGAGCACGCCCACAGACGCCUCUCCCCAGACGACGCUUACUUCGUGGACGUCCUCCACACCUUCACACGGGGCUCCCUGGGUCUCAGCAUUGGGAUCCAGCAGCCAGUUGGCCACGUAGACAUUUAUCCCAAUGGGGGCAGCUUCCAACCGGGCUGCAACCUCAGGGGGGCCCUGGAGAAGAUCGCUAACUUUGGGAUAUUUGCUAUCACCGAUGCAGUCAAGUGUGAGCACGAGCGCUCGGUCCACCUGUUCAUCGACUCUCUGCUGAACGAGCGGGAGGCGGCCAAGGCCUACAGGUGCGGCAGCACUGAUAUGUUCGACCGUGGCAUGUGUCUGAGCUGCCGCAAAAGCCGCUGCAACACGGUCGGCUACGACAUCAGCAAGGUGCGCAAGGCUCGUAAUGUCCAGAUGUACACCAAAACACGAGCCUCCAUGCCUUUCAGAGUUUACCACUAUCAGCUGAAGAUCCAUUUUUCCAGCAAGGUGAACCGUUCGGAGAUGGAGCCCUCGAUCACUGUCUCGCUGUACGGGACAAAAGGAGAGGCUGAAAACCUGGAGCUUAAACUAAAGGAGAAAAUAUCAACAAAUAAGACGCAUUCGUUCCUGCUGGUGACCGAGAAGGACAUCGGCGACCUGUUGAUGCUGAAGUUUAAAUGGGAGGAGACAAACGGCUGGUCGACCUCGAGCAUGUUGAAGAUGGUUUCCUCUUGGUGGUCUGGUGACUCAGACGGCGCUGACAUGGAGGUUCACAAAGUCCGCAUCCGAGCUGGCGAGACCCAGCGAAAGAUGGUGUUCUGUGUGAAAGACCCUGACGCUCAAAACUUAAGAGAGGAGAUCACGUUUGUUACAUGUAAGGACGCAUGGAGGACAAACCAGAAACAAACCCAAAAAAGAGUAACUCUGAAGAACCACUGACCUUCAAGAAACAAUUGUUUCAACGACUGUUUAAAGCCUUCUGGUCCAUUUCAGCACUUAGUAAAUAAUUUAUACACCUGUAACUUAUUUUAUUUCUCAAAUUAUACAAAACACCGCCUUGUAUAUAUCCACAGAGGUCUGUUUAUUAUUUAAAACACUGUGUAUGUAAAUUACUGUGUAAUAUUUUGUAAAAAGUUGUUUUUAUGACAUGUAACUUUAACAUCAUUGUACAAAAAGUAGAGAUUGAUACUAUUGAAAGUCACUUCAGUGUCUCACGUACUGAGAGGCCUGAUGACUGGAUGAAAUAGUUGUGGAGGAACAGAUGUCCUGUUGUGUAAAAUACCUCAAGUUAAAUUUCAUAUUUAUAGCAAGCACUGUGAAGAAUAAUGUCCUGCAGACUCUCAAAAAGAGGGGAAAAUAAUAUUAAAAGUUAAUUUCUUAAGGUGUUUUAUGCAAUAGGGUACAAUUUAUUUGCCUGUAUGUAUUAUCUGACUAAUGCAUAACCUACCAGAGCAUUCACCACUGUGGCUCUCAGCACUGUCUUUGACUGUGGGACCUGAAUCAGUGUGCCUUACUGUAAACGGUUGCUAGAACUAAACUUUUUCAAAAUGAAAUUGUCUCAACUUAGCGCUUUGCUGCUGUUUCGUCACCUGAGGUUUAACUUUGUGACUUUUACUGAACCACCCAAAUGUUCAAAGGACAUUCUCAGACACUUUUACAGCAUUUUUACUGCAGCACUUUUGCAAAAUGUCAUGUUACUCUGAAACUGUUACCUCAAAAAAGUGCCUGACAUUUUGUCAUCUAUGAACAUGUCUGAACUUUCCGAGGUACGAGGUGCUCAGUGUGAGGUAGAAGGCACAGUUAAUCUCAGUGUUGUCGCUUUGUUGUGCUGUCUUUGUUUCCUCUGUGCUCAAGACUUCUCAAAUGUUGGCUCUUAUUCAUAACAUCUUUUCCUCUAAAAACCAUGACUCUUGAGAAAUCAGAACUGUAAUCAUUGUGACUUAAUUUCUGCCUACGUUUAAAAGGAGGAAAUGUUUCACUUUUGCACUAAAAACAGGCGACGACAUUGCUAAACCAAGUUACUUGUACAGUAAAUUUUAUUUGAAUACCAUAAUACUGAUGACAGGUUUUGUAGUAUGUAACGCUGUUAGUUAUACAUUUUUACCUUUGGAUGAGUUAAUCUGUAAAAUGUGCAUUUCUAUAAUCUUUUGUACAUAUUGUAAAUAUUCACUGUGCUGUAUAAAUUCUUUAAUAAACCAAAACUGCUAUCUGA